AUGACAUGGUGGAAUGCUGAUGUCAUGCAUAGAAUAAAGUCUGUGUAUAAUGCAAUUCCUUCUGUUAUUGUGUGGGAGUUAUGGAAGAAAAGGAAUUGUGAUAUGCAUAGAAAUAAGGUGACUAAUGAUUUAUGGGAAUUUCCUCCAGCUGAGUGGUUGAAGUGCAAUACUGAUAGAGCUACCAGGGGUAAUCCUGGUAGAAGCUCAUAUGCAUAUUGUGUGAGGAAUGCAACUGGUGAUCUUUUGCAUGCACAAGCAAAAGAAAUGGAAGAAAGUACAAAUACUGAAUCUGAGGCACAAGCAUUUCUACAAGCUGCUAGAUAUUGUUUGUCCAUCCAUGUUUACUCCUUCAUUCUUGAAACUGAUUCUUUACUAUUGAAGAAUAUUUUGGGAUAG